UUGUGUAAUAUUUUAAAAUUAAAAAUGGUCUUUAACAGCAAAUAUGAAGAUGUACAGGUUAUGCGGUAUCCCAAAGAAAAUUCUGGAAAAUUGAUGAAGGAAUUUAUGAAGGUUAUAGAAGAAAAGUACGAUAGAAAAUUUGAAGGAUAUAAAGAUUUUCAUAAGUGGACUGUGGAUUACCUAGAAGAGUUUUGGACAGAAAUGUGGGAAUUUACAGGAGUGAUAGCUUCGAAAAAAUAUGAUAAGGUUAUAGACCUAAGUGUGCCUAUGAAUGAACCCCCUGAAUGGUUUUCUGGAUCAAGAUUGAAUAUUGCAGAAAAUUUAUUAAAAUACAGAGAUGAUCAUGUUGCCCUAAUAUGUGCAAGUGAAGAUAAAGAGCCAGAAAUUAUCACCUAUGCCGAUAUGUAUGAAGAAGCCAAGAAAUACUCUGCGGCGUUCAGAAAGCUAGGUCUGAGAAAGAAUGACACAGUUGCUUGUUAUAUGUCCAAUAGAAAGGAGCCUAUCUUUGCAAUGCAAGCGGUUACAAGCAUUGGAGCGAUUUGGGGAGCGGCCCUACCACUCUUUGGUUCACAGGCAGUACUGAGCAGAUUCAAAUUAGUUGAACCAAGAGUACUUUUAACCGUCGAUAGAUUUUUGCAAAAUGGAGAAGAAAUAAAUUUGCUCCCUAAAGUUAAAGAAAUUGUUGAAGGUUUGCCAUCAUUGGAAAAGGUGAUAAUUGUUCCGUCACAGAAAACAUCUAAACAAAAGGAUAUCAGCAAUAUUAGAAAUAGUUGUUUUUUGGAUGAUUUUUUGGAAACAGGUUAUACGAACGGUUCAGUUCCUGAUAUAUUGUUUGAACAGCUAUCGUUUUCCCAUCCAGCAUUUUUAAGUUUUACUUCUGGAACGACAGGACAGUGCAAAGCUAUGACUCAUGGAUUUGGAAAUCUUUUGGCGUCCUACAGAGACUUUUACCUGCAUGCUGAUGCCUCAAGAAAUAGUAUUUGGUUCUCCAUGUCUCCGGCUGGUUGGUCUUCGUGGAAUAUGAUGGCAACUUUGACUUUCACAGGAUUGACGAUACUUCUAUAUGAAGGAGUACCAUAUUUUUCUAGUCCGACAGCUACGUGGGAUAUGGUGGACCAAUUUAAAAUAACUCACUUUUUCUUGGCCUCGAGUGUAUUAGAAGAAUUAAACAAACGAAAUUUUGCCCCAGGUCCAAAUAACCAUUUGUCAUCUUUAAAUUCAAUAUUUACUGGAGGAAGUGUUGUUAAACCCAUAGAUUAUGACUUCAUUUACAACAAAGUAAAGAAAGAUGUGAAUUUUUCUUCAGUAUAUGGUUCAACUGAAUACAUUGGAAUGUGCUUAGUUCCGGAGCAUUUGUUACCAACUCAUAGAGGAGAAAUACCUACACCAUGUUUAGGGAUGAAUAUUAUAUGUUUGGAUGAUACAGGUACGAGCGUCGAAGGGAAGGUUGGUGAAGUGUUUAUGACAACUCCAUCUCCAAAUAUGCUUUUAGGAAUAUGGGGAGACAAAGAUAAAAUAGUGCUUCGAAAAACAUAUUUUUCUAAAUAUUCAGACAAAUUUGGCAUUGGAGAUCACGCAAUUAUCAAUCCCAAAACCAAAGGAUUUACCAUUUGCGGUAGAAGUGAUGAUACAUUGAAACAACGAGGUGCAAGAUUUGGAAGUAUAGAAAUAUAUAAUAUUGUUAAUGUUUUAUCAGAGAUCGAAGAUAGCAUUUGUGUCUCGCAAAUAAACAGAAACUUAGAUUCGAGGGCAGUACUGUUUCUUAAAAUAAAAAAUGGGUAUCGAUUUGAUGAACAAUUAGUUUCAAAAAUUCAAAAUGUGAUUGAAAAAGAAUUAACAAAUGUGCACAUUCCUGAUGUGAUAUUAGAAACAAAAGAUGUACCGUAUAAUGUCAAUGGAAAGAAGAUGGAGACUAUCGUCAAGAAAAUUAUAAAUAAUAUGCCUUACAAUUCAGAAUCAGUCAUCAAUCCUGGUUGCUUAAACAGCUUCAAGAACAUUCCAGAGCUUAUAUCUUGGCAAUAAUUUUUAUUUUAAUAGUACUUGUUUGCUUGAAAAUUACGUUACACAUUCUAUAAUAAUUAUAAUAAUAAAUAUAUUUAUAUAUUUUC